UAUGUAUUGUAAUUGUAAACUUAUUUUGUUAUUAGUGUGAAUUAUGCGUUCUAAAAAAUUAUUAUUAUUUUUGCCUGAUGUAUUUUGUACGUUUCUAUAACUAAUUCUUAUUAGAUAUCAUAAAAAAGUGUGUUAACGACUGUGUUUACAAUUGAUAACAAUUUUAUCAAUUGACAAUGUUUGACGUUUGUAUGUUAUCUAACCUCACUCCCGUACGCAAAUCUUAAAAUUACGACACGACCAUGGCUUAUGACUUAAAACAAGAAGAAGAAGUCAAGGAAUACAUUGAGAACCUUGGCAUCGAGUAUCGUUUCGGUUGUUAUAAAGAAAAGAAGCCGGAAGUAUGUCACUUAUUGGGAGAUUAUCUCGAAGCUAUUAAAAAAGACUUUAACAAGGCAGCGAAAGUAUUUAAAAGUAACUGCCUGGAUUAUAACUUCGGAAAAUCAUGUCUGAAGAUCGGGAAUUACACUUUGGUUGGAAAAGGGAACGAAAAGGGCGAUCCUGCAGAAGCUCUAACCUAUUUCGAAAAGGGUUGUAGUUUGAACGAACCUGGGGCAUGUUUGCAUGCUGGCAUGCUCCUCACCGCCACAGGACCUAAUAUUAACAUUAAAAGAGAUGUACCACGGGGGUACAACUACUUAAAGAAGAGUUGCGACAGCAAUGAUGAUAUGGCAUGCCACUAUCUCUCCGGAAUGUACAUGACAGGGGUCCCAAAAAAUGUAGCUGAUUUCAACCCCCAUAGACCGGAAAAAAAUAAAAACAUUGAUUUCCUAAUAAAACCUGAUAUGAAACAGGCAUUUACUUUUGCAAAGAAAGCAUGUGAAUGUGGCAACAUGUAUGCUUGUGCUAAUGUGAGUAUGAUGUACAAAAAAGGUGAUGGAGUUGAGAAAAACGAAACAGAAUCUAAACGGUAUUUUGAAAUUGCACAGACGCUGCAAAAGGCACAUGAAACUACUAAAGAGAUCAAGUUUCAACAAGGUUUAGAUGGAAAAUAAUGAUUUAGUAAUUUUACAGCAUUUAUUAGCAUGAACAGUAUAUUUGUUAUCUGUAAAGCUUUAGUAGGCGAAGAUUUUUAUUUUAAUUAUUAAAUUAUUGUUACAA